GAAAGUACCUUUAAUUAGCAAUGACUUCAUCACAUAUUUCAAAUCCCUUAUCAAGGAAAUCAUAGAUUAUCGGCGGAAAAAUGACAUAAGGCAUUUUGAUAUUGUUCAUAUACUAAUGGAGGGAGAGGAUAAUGAUAAAUCGGAAGGAGGCGAAAGAUCAAAUCAAAGUGAUUCGUUGACCGAUGAUGAAAUAGUAGUGCAAUGCAUGAUCAUCUUAAUGGAUGGUCUGAUAAAGUCCUCCGUUGUAGCGACUGGCGCUGUUCUGGAAAUUGCAAAUAAUCCUGGAGUUCAAGCCAAACUACUUAAGGAAAUCGAUACAAUCAGUGGGAGAGUUAGUGAUAAGUCAAUAUCUUACGAUACCCUCAGGGAAAUGGACUAUCUAGAUAUGAUCAUCUAUGAAGCACUUCGAAAGUGGUCAGUAGAACACAUUCUCGACAGGAUAUGUACAAAACCAUACACCCUCUAUGACAAAACCACCGGGCAUUCGGUGAACCUCGAACCAGGCGAAACAAUAUGCAUACCGAUUGCUGCCUUCCAUCGAGAUCCAAACUAUUUUCCUGAUCCCGAGAGGUUCUACCCUGAGAGAUUCAGUGAAGAAAAACGGGGCUUCAUUCGACCGUAUACCUUCUUGCCUUUUGGUAUUGGGCCGAGAAAUUGCAUUGGUGCAAAGCUUGCUCUAAUGCAAAUGAAAGCAGCGAUGGUAAGUCUAUUUUCCGAGUUCACGGUUGAACCUUUAUCACCGAAAACUGCCAAGCUUGUGGCUGAUAGUACAGUUUUUUUUCUGCAACCAGAAAAUGGCCCCACUGUUCGUUUAAUCUGUAGAAAAACUAAGUAAAAUAAAAUUUAAUUUUGA